GAACAGUCCAAAUUUGAAGUUCCCUUUGUGGUUACGUCACGUCGAUGACAAAUCUCGUCCACAACAUUUUUGUCCUUUUACGGCAGUUACCAAAUUCUCGACCAAAUGUCGAAAAAUUUCACGAAUUAUGUUGAUUAAACAUCCGAAACCGGCAUCUAGAAAGUGGCUGAAGAAAGGAGCAGUAGCACUAUUCGUUUUCGAGGGUGCUUGUUUCGCUGGAAGUUAUUUUUUGUGGCAUAGAGCGAAUACAGAUAGAGAUUUCAGAAAGCAUCUAAAGGACAAUUAUCCGUUUUUGCUCGAGUACUAUUACAAGGCAGGCGAGUUACUGAACUCCCAGAGUAAUACCCGACAAGUGGACCAGAGCUAUUGGGGACAAGAGUAACUUUAUGGCUAACAGAUAUGUUAGAUCUGCAUUCUGGCUGUUCGCAUGCUCUAGUUUAGGGUAUGGCCUGCUUGUGAUCUCCUCGCCAUCUCAGGAAGAUAUUGAUAGGAUCAAACAGGAAUAUAAAGAUAAGGAAAGUAACAAAAGGAACAGACAGUUUAUGAAUGUUCUACAAACUGCAACAGAUAGUAGUGUACCUCUCUAUAGAUUAUCAAAAUCAGAAAUAGAAAAGCUGAUGAAAAAAGAUGAGUGAUAAAAUGGACCCACUUAUUAGCAUAGAAAAUUUUAGUGAGAAACCAAAUAAAAUAAAUCUACUAACAAAAAGAGAACUUGAGAGACAACUGAACAUACAGAAAAGAAAAGAUGAUAAGGAAUUACUUUCUGCUAGUAAUGAAAAAUUGGAAAUAUUCGAAGCUAUCUUUGCUGAGAAGAAGAGUUACAUAGAGAGCCUGAUAAAAAACUCUAGGAAUUUAUCCAAGAAUGAACUACCUGAUCAUUUCAACACUAUAUCAAAAGAAAUUUUAACGUUGCAAAAAUAUGUUGCUGCUUCAAAUAUCUUUCUACGUCAUUAUGAUCUGCAGAGGUGUCAAAAUACCUUACAAGAGCUUACAAACAAAGCAAAAUAUUUAGAAAAUGAGCUUUUGCCUAAGAAAAAAUUUAGCUUCAAAAACAGGAUGAAGGAAAAGGAUGUUAAAAAGGAAAAAGAGGAUGAAGUUGAUUCAGCAGUUUUUAAGCCCCAUGUUCCUGCUAUCUUUAACUCAUGCGGAUUUUUUAACAGAUCCGAUGAGACUUUGAACAUGUUGCCUUCAGAAAUUUUUAGAAAGGAUGUCUCCUUAGAAAACCUAGAAAAUUGCAUAGUUAUCUUAAAAGGAACAGCUUCUACUUUGCAUCUAAACCAUCUAAAGAAUUGUAAAGUCUUCACAGGCCCUGUGUCCACCUCGAUUUUUGCUGAACACUGCUUAAACUGCACCUUGGUGAUAGCCUGUCAACAGCUAAGGCUACAUAGCUCUGAAAAUGUACAAAUUUAUUUACAUGUAACUAGCAGAGCUAUCAUGGAGGACUGUAAGGAUAUUGCUGUUGCUCCUUACAAUUUGGACUAUAAAGGCGUAGAAAAAGACUUCGAAAACGCCCACUUGGAGAAAAAUGUAAACAACUGGAGGUGCGUGGAUGAUUUCAACUGGUUGAGUGAAAAACAUUCGCCAAAUUGGAAAGAGAUACCAGAACAUGAGAGAAUCCAAAGGUGGCAAGAGAUUGAGUGAUAGCUUUAAUAUUUUUGCAAUCUUUUUGAGUUUGUUGUAGUCAGCCAUUCCUUAUAAUUAUCUAAUUUACAGCACCUUACUAUUUAUAUUAUACAAAUAAACCUUUAUAAAAUCUAAAAAA